AUGCUGUCGUCCCGAGGGGGUUGGGUGCAGAUUAAACAGAGGGGGGGGAUCGGGAGCAGGUUCGAGUUGGGGUGGCGAAACGAGAGGGGCAGAGCGGGGGCGAGAACAGAGAACGGGCAAAACGGGGAAGAGGGAAGCACUUGCUGGGUGGUGACGUCAGCGGGAUGGUGGGCGCGGACGUCAGCAAGGGUUCCCCUCGUACUCAAAAGCGGAAGCCGGGGUUCAAUGGUGGAAGCUUCGGAACGGAGGGGGCUGGUGCCAGUCACUCAGAUGCGCUCGGGGAGACAGUCCCAGCGCUUCUCUGAGGGGGGAAGGAAAGACCCCGCUUCUAAGGGGCGAUGUGGCAGGAUUCUGCCGUGGGGGGCAAGCAAGACGCAAGAAAGUGAGCCGGCGGUUCUUUCGGACGGGCUUGGGCUGGGGGGCUUGGGCUGGGGGGCCCAGUCCCAAACGCUCCGGUUGAAGAAAGUAGGAGAGACCGCGCUUCUGAGGCGGACGGGCAGGGUGCUCUUUAGGCGCAAGCGAGUGGGUCAGGGGUUUAAGGAUGGGUACCGGGCUGGAGCAGUGCUCGAGAAGAAGCUCCGGGCGGUCGGCCGGGAAACGGAACGGGCGGAAGGAGCGGAAUUAGCGCCGGCCCGAAUAAGGACUGCAGCAGUUGCAACUUGCCGGAUGGGAAGGCCGGGGUGACACUGUACAAGGAGCUGAGGUGAGAGUACUAUCAAACGGCGCGAUGGUGGGGGGCCGGAGACCGGAGGCAAAACGGAGGAGAGAGGAACGGAAGGAUGAGCAAAUGAGCAAGGUGCAGAAAUUGGAUUACUAAGUUGACGCGGGCCGGGGGAUGGGAUGUGAUGAGGAACGAAGACGCGAUCGUUUGCUGAAUGGAGUCAGACGCUGUUUAGAACCCGGAUGCUUUUGCAAAGCGUGCCGGACUACUUGUGCGUAUAUCUGAUCAUGAAUCCCUCUUUCAAGUCGAUUGGAACUGACCAGAUGGUGGCGCCUUCCGAUUGCUCGAUUCUUGAUGCACUGGUGGACGUUGAGUUUUUUAAGUCCUUUGAGCAGAU